CUAAACCGUUUAUAUAGAGAUUAUGAGCAAGUGAGAAAGAGGGUGCCUAGCUUAUUGUGAGAGACUUUCACCACCACUCACUCCGUCAAGAUAAAAGCUUAAACCCAAAAGGCCUCUUUCCCUAUCUUAUACCAUGUGUAAGGCCACCUUAAAGACCAUAACAUGCAAAGCGGCCGUGUUGCGGGGAGUUGGGGAACCACUGAAGGUGGAAGAGAUACAAGUAGAUCCCCCAAAAGCUUCUGAAGUUAGGAUUAAGAUGCUGUGUGCCAGCCUAUGCCACACCGACGUCCUCUGCUGCAAUGGCCUUCCGAUACCGUUGUUCCCCCGAAUUCCUGGUCACGAAGGCGUUGGGAUGGUGGAGAGUGUUGGGGAAGGGGUGACGGAGGUGAAAGAAGGAGACAUAGUGAUGCCAACCUACAUAGGGGAAUGCGGCAAGUGCGACAAUUGUAGAUCAGGAAAGUCGAAUCUAUGUCAUACCUACCCACUGCCUUUCAACGGGGUAAUGCCCGAUGGAACAUCGAGGAUGUCAACUAGCGACGGGACGAGAAUCUACCACCACUUCACAUGCUCCACUUGGUCCGAGUACAUAGUCAUCGGUGCCAACUAUGUUGUCAAGGUCGAUCCCAGGAUCCCUCUCUCCCAUGCCAGCUUCAUGUCCUGCGGCUAUUCCACCGGCUUCGGUUCCACAUGGAGGGAAGUCCUAGUUCAUAAGGGCUCCACUGUCGCUGUUCUCGGCCUCGGCGCUGUUGGACUUGGGGUGAUAGAGGGAGCUCGGACUCAAGAGGCAGCCAGGAUUAUAGGGGUGGACAUAAACGAGAAGAAACGUGCACUAGGGGAGGCGUUUGGAAUGACCGACUUCAUAAACCCCAGCAAGGAUUCGGAUAAACGUGUUUCAGAAUUGGUCAAUGAGCUUACAGGUGGUCUCGGCGUCGACUACUGCUUCGAGUGCACAGGAGUCCCAUCCUUGCUCAAUGAGGCCAUCGAAUCCUCAAAAGUGGGGAUAGGGUCGGCAGUAUUGAUCGGUGCAGGAACUGAGACAAGCGGCCAGAUCAACUUCAUUCCCCUUUUGUGUGGUAGGACUCUCAAGGGUUCCAUCUAUGGUGGGAUUAGAACCAAAUCAGACCUUCCCAUCAUAUUCAACAAAUGCUUAAACAAGGAACUCCAUCUCGAGGAGCUUUUGACUCACGAAGUUUCACUGGACGAAAUAAACAAAGCAUUGAAGGUAAUGAAGCAGCCAGACUGUGUCAAGGUUAUCAUCAAGUACUGAGCACCCCUUCCCAUCCCUCGGUGCUGUUCAUUACAUUAAUAAGAAGGCGUUUAUCAUGUUUUUAAGUUGUGCAAGCAAUAACUAUUGUACUUGUGGCGUUGACAAUGAUUCUGUAACAUGUGGAAUAUUCAGGUUGUUUUCUA